AUGUCUUGUCAGGAUCCCUUUGGCAAUGUUAUCAAAGGAAUCAUGAAUGCCAUCCACACCCAUGUUGAGCUGAACCCUACCUGCGACCUAGGCACCCAGAACUAUGAGCAGUGGGUUGUCCAGAAAGAACAAAAUGAUGAUAACACGUUCAUGUUCUACUGUACUUGAGGGCUACUGAUAAGAGGCACAAUCAAGUUAUUUUUCAACCAUUUUCAUACCAAGUGUCAUGACACCCUGUUAUACCCCAAAUGUACAUUCCUAAACAAUUAUCUAUGUUUUCCUACUGCUGCAAAACAGGAGAAUCAGAAGGUGAAAGUUUGUGCUGAGCAUCUACGGCAGUACAAUGAGGCCCUGUACCUAGGCAAAACCAUCCGCAUGUGUGAUGCCUUCAGCUUCCUGGACAAAUACUUUUAGGAGGAGCUGAAGAAGAAAGUGACCCCUGAGAGCGAGGUGGCCAUCAUUAAGACCGACACAGAGAGAUUCCUCUUCACACUCUUUAAAGGUAGCAUUCUGUCACGAUCGUCUAAGGAGGAGGACCAAUGCGCAGCGUUGAAGGUGAACAUAUUUAUUUAGCGAAUGAUCACACGAUCAAAACAACAGACGAUAACGUGAUGUCUACGGUUGAACACAAACCAAAUAAGAACAAGAAACCACAAACACAAAGGGAAAGACAGACAGUUUAAAUAUGGCUCCCAAUCAGAGACAACCAGCUGACACUCGUUGCCUCUGAUUGGGAGUCACUCAGGCCAACAUAGAAAUACAAACUAGAACUCCCAACAUAGCAAUAGAAUACAUAGAAUUACACACCCUGGCUCAACAUAACAGUGUCCCCAGAGCCAGGGCGUGACAGUACCCCCCCCUAAAGGCGCGGACUCCGACCGCGCCAACUAAAUACCACAGGGGUGGGACCGGGUGGGCACUCCGCCUUGGCGGCGGAUCCGGCUCCGGGCCUGAUCCCCACUCCCUCUCCAACCCCCCAAAGUACCCCUGGUCCGGUCUGGCCCCGCUGGCCGGAGCUGGACUGCACACUGAUGGAGCGGAUUGCUCUAGCUCCGGCGUAACGCAUCUGACCGGUGCCGGACCAGGCACCAGUGGAACAGGCACGGGCCGUGCCGGACCGACGACGCACACCACUGGCUUGGUGUGGGGAACAGGCACGGGCCGUGCUGGACUGACGACGCACACCACUGGCUUGGUGUGGGGAGCAGGAACGGGCCGGACAGGGCUGACGAAACGCACCACUGACUUGGUGCGGGGAGCAGGAACAGGCCGGGCCGAGCUGGCGACACGCACCGUAGACUUGGUGCGGGGAGCAGGAACGGGCCGAGCCGGGCCGACGAAGCGCACCACUGACUUGGUGCGUGGAGCAGGAACGGGCCGAGCUGGGCUGACGAAACGCACCACUGACUUGGUGCGGGGAGCAGGAGCGGGCCGGACCGGGCUGACGAAGCGCACCACUGACUUGGUGCGGGGAGCAGGAACGGGCCGUGCCGGGCUGACGAAGCGCACCACUGACCUGGUGCGGGGAGCAGGAGCGGGCCGGACAGGGCUGACGAAGCGCACUACUGACUUGGUGCGGGGAGCAGGAACGGACCGGACCGGGCUGGCGAAGCGUACCACAGGCUCGAUGCGGGGAGCAGGAACAGGCCGGACCGGGCUGGCGACGCGCACCACAGGCUCGAUGCGAGGAACAGGAACAGACCGGACCGCACUGGGGACACACACCCCUGGCCCUACGCGGGGAUCAGGAACGGGCCGGACCGGACUGGCAACACACCCCAGUACCUCUCGCCGUGCCUCCACACUUUCCUUCCCCUUAGUGACCAGUGGCCCCCUUAACCUGGCGGCCUCCUCUGCCAACCCGCUGGACCGCUCCAUCGCGGCCUCCUGCUGCCCCGUCGUGAGCCCCCCCUAAAAAUUUUCUGGGCUUGUCUCUCCCCCGUGGACCAGGCCUCCAUGGUUCUCGCCCAACUCUCACUCCACUGCUCCCAAUUCCAACCUCUCUGCUCUUCACUUGGCUUAGCCCAGUCGAGACCCCUACUCCAUUGAUCCCAAGUCCUUCCUCUCUCCUCUUCACGCUGCUUGGUCCAGUUUUGGUGGUUUCUUCUGUCACGAUCGUCUAAGGAGGAGGACCAAUGCGCAGCGUUGAAGGUGAACAUAUUUAUUUAGCGAAUGAUCACACGAUCAAAACAACAGACGAUAACGUGAUGUCUACAGUUGAACACAAACCAAAUAAGAACAAGAAACCACAAACACAAAGGGAAAGACAGACAGUUUAAAUAUGUCUCCCAAUCAGAGACAACCAGCUGACACUCGUUGCCUCUGAUUGGGAGUCACUCAGGCCAACAUAGAAAUACAAACUAGAACUCCCAACAUAGCAAUAGAAUACAUAGAAUUACACACCCUGGCUCAACAUAACAGUGUCCCCAGAGCCAGGGCGUGACACAUACUGUAUAUCUAGUGUUCUUUGUCCGUAAUGUAGCCCUACAUAGAUAUCUGGGAGUUUAACUAUUUUGCAUGGCUUUCUUCUAAAUAUACUUUCUUGCAGAUAGCAAAGUGAAACUGCAGGAGUUGGCUAAGCUUCCCCAGUAUGAAUAUAAUAGCCUCUCUAAGUUGAGAACCAAAAUCCUGCAAGAGUUUACAUUUAGAGAGAAGGUGAGAGGUAUCAUUUUCACCAUGACCCAUUGCAGUACCAUUGCAUUAGCUGAAUUGGUUCAGGAGAACUCAAAGUUUGAGGGAGUCUGAGUAAAAGCUUGCCAUGUGAUUGGAGGAGGAGACCAGAGUGUAGUGAAACCAAUGACCGCUGUGAGUGCACUGUUUCCCAUUUUACAAAGAAUGGCUGCCAGCCAAGUCUGCUUUUUUACUUAAAUAGAUCAUAUGAUCAAAACUACUUUGAAAACAUUGACUGUGUGAAAAUGUACUUAAGUUGAUGAUUGUAGUAUUACAUCAAAGUUUAUUAUAUGUGACCAAUAAAAUGUUAUAUGAUUUGAAGUGGUUAAUCUUUGUUUGACUAAUGCAUGAUGUCAUACAGUGGGGAGAACAAGUAUUUGAUACACUGCCAAUUUUUGCAGGUUUUCCUACUUACAAAGCAUGUAGAGGUCUGUAAUUUUUAUCAUAGGUACACUUCAACUGUGAGAGACGGAAUCUAAAACAAAAAUCCAGAAAAUCACAUUGUAUGAUUUUUAAGUAAUUCAUUUUCAUUUUAUUGCAUGACAUAAGUAUUUGAUACAUCAGAAAAGCAGAACUUAAUAUUUGGUACAGAAACCUUUGUUUGCAAUUACAGAGAUCAUACGUUUCCUGUAGGUCUUGACCAAGUUUGCACACACUGCAGCAGGGAUUUUGGCCCACUCCUCCAUACAGACCUUCUCCAGAUCCUUCAGGUUUCAGGGCUGUCUCUGGGCAAUACGGACUUUCAGCUCCCUCCAAAGAUGUUCUAUUGGGUUCAGGUCUGGAGACUGGCUAGGCCACUCCAGGACCUUGAGAUGCUUCUUACGGAGCCACUCCUUAGUUGCCCUGGCUGUGUGUUUCGGGUCGUUGUCAUGCUGGAAGACCCAGUCACGACCCACCUUCAAUGCUCUUACUGAGGGAAGGAGGUUGUUGGCCAAGAUCUCGCGAUACAUGGCCCCAUCCAUCCUCCCCUCAAUACGAUGCUGUCGUCCUGUCCCCUUUGCAGAAAAGCAUCCCCAAAGAAUGAUGUUUCCACCUCCAUGCUUCACGGCUGGGAUGGUCUUCUUGGGGUUGUACUCAUCCUUCUUCUUCCUCCAAACACGGCGAGUGGAGUUUAGACCAAAAAGCUCUAUUUUUGUCUCAUCAGACCACAUUACCUUCUCCCAUUCCUCCUCUGGAUCAUCCAGAUGGUCAUUGGCAAACUUCAGACGGGCCUGGACAUGCGCUGGCUUGAGCAGGGGGACCUUGCGUGCGCUGCAGGAUUUUAAUCCAUGACGGCGUAGUGUGUUUUCUUUGAGACUGUGGUCCCAGCUCUCUUCAGGUCAUUGACCAGGUCCUGUCGUGUAAUUCUGGGCUGAUCCCUCACCUUCCUCAUGAUCAUUGAUGCCCCACGAGGUGAGAUCUUGCAUGGAGCCCCAGACCGAGGAUGAUUGACCGUCAUCUUGAACUUCUUCCAUUUUAUAAUAAUUGCGCCAACAGUUGUUGCCUUCUCACCAAGCUGCUUGCCUAUUGUCCUGUAGCCCAUCCCAGCCUUGUGCAGGUCUACAAUUUUAUCCCUGAUGUCCUUACACAGCUCUCUGGUCUUGGCCAUUGUGGAGAGGUUGGAGUCUGUUUGAUUGAGUGUGUGGACAGGUGUCUUUUAUACAGGUAACGAGUUCAAACAGGUGCAGUUAAUACAGGUAAUGAGUGGAGAACAUGAGGGCUUCUUAAAUAAAAACGAACAGGUCUGUGAGAGCCGGAAUUCUUACUGGUUGGUAGGUGAUCAAAUACGUAUGUCAUGCAAUAAAAUGCAAAUUAAUUACUUAAAAAUCAUACAAUGUGAUUUUCUGGAUUUUUGUUUUAGAUUCCGUCUCUCACAUUUGAAGUGUACCUAUGAUAAAAAAUUACAGACCUCUACAUGCUUUGUAAGUAGGAAAACCUGCAAAAUCGUCAGUGUAUCAAAUACUUGUUCUCCCCACUGUACAUCCUGUGCUCUGUAAAGUUGUGCUUAGGUACAUUGUAUUCAAUAAUUGAAUCUACAGUAUAUUAUUUUGCCCACAUUUGUGUUUAUCAGGCAGAACAAAGGGACGUUUUGAACAAGUUUCGGAACGCGGAGGUCAACUUGCUGAUUGCAACAACAGUGGCUGAAGAGGGUCUGGACAUGGCAGCAUGUAACUUUGUGAUACGAUAUGAGCUUGUGACCAAUGAGAUCACUAUGAUUCCGGUCAGCGAUUUUAAAGGUUAACUGGCUUUGCCAAAAACAUGUUAUUAUUAGUCAAUAUCCAUGGUGUCAUUAUUAACUAAGAACUAUGAACUAAGAUUCUCUAUCGUCUGCUAACUCUUUGGUAUGCACCACAUGAUAUUUCCGACUAAAUAGUAUUCACUGUAUAAUGGUUAACAGACAAUGUAUUCACUGUAUAACUCAAUCGGCAUUAUCAUACUGUUAGCAUCACUUCAAGCUCCCAUUGCCAUGGUUUACUGAGAGCAUGUUUACUGUUUUUAUGUCUUCUAGGCCCGAGGCAGAGGCAGAGCCGAGAACAGUAAUUACACUUUAGUGGCGGGGGAGGAUUCUGGGGUCUCUGAACGAGAGUACCGUGAGGAGAUGAUGAGCAAAGCCACCGAUAAAGUCAAGAAAUUAGAUCAAGCAGAAAAUGAAAAAAGGGUAAGCCUCCACUCUCAAAUCGUAACUGCCAGCUUGAUAUUACAUUAAUUGUUUUCCUGCAAUUGAGUAAAAUCAUUUAAAGAUUUGAUUGACUUCUCAAACCUAGUUGAGUCAACAUCCGUAAUGUAAAAAAUGUAUACGCUAAUUGGGAUCCCGAGUGGCGCAGCGGUCUAAGGCACUGCAUCUCAGUGCUAGAGGCGUCACUACAGUCCUUGGUUUGAUUUCAGGCUGUAUCACAACCCGGCCGUGAUUGGGAGUCCCAUGGGGCGGCGCACAAUUGGCCCAGCGUCGGCCGGGGUAGACCGUCAUUGUAAAUAAGAAUUUGGUCUUAACUGACUUGCCUAGUUAAAUAAAGGUUAAAUAAAAAAUGUGUGUUUUAAUUGUUUGUUGCUAGAUUAAGGAAUUCCAGAUUCAGGCGAUCAUGAAUGUCAUGAGUGCGAACAACCAAGAAAAAGCAGAAAGGCGUGAAAAAGAAAACCCGGUCCAAAGUGAAGCUCAGCUGUAGAAGCUGCAAUAAACCAGUCAACAUGAACCCCCAAUUUAAGUAUGUUCUGCAGCAAACAGCUGUUCUCUUCUCAAAGUAACCCAACCUGUGCAAUAUACAGUACACAGUUGUUGGUAAAUACUUUUUGACAUACACACAUAUGUUAUAGCAUUAGAAAACUAAAAUAUAUAUUUUAAUUUAAAAUACCUAGAUUCAGAAUCUAGCCCCUCAGCAAGAGAUUACGUUAUUAUUGAAACAAUGUCUGAUUUCUCUUUUGCAGGGAACUUUUCAUUCAAAGAGAAAACACCUCACUUACUGAGAGGCUACCGGACUACGAGACGGUUUCAUAGCAUGCAAAGACUGUGGACAGGUAGGCCUAUGCCCUGUCCUAAUUCUGUAAUGAGAGAAAGAUGUUGGUGUUGACCUAUAAUAGACAACAUUUUACGUUAAAGUCUGAAAGGCACUUGCUCAUCUAGCAAGUCAGGAGUAUGUUUUGGUUGCCUGAAGAUUAUGAUCACUUGCCUGAAAAUGUAAAUUAGCUUUUUACAUGCAGGAAAGCCAUAGACUGACUGUACAAAACAUUAGGAACACAUCCCUAAUAUUGAGUUGCACCCCCUUUUGCCCCCAGACAGCCUCAAUUUGUCGGGGCAUGGACUCUACAAGGUGUCGAGCAUUCCACAGGGAUGCUGGCCCAUGUUGACUCCAAUGCUUCCCACAGUUGUGUCAAGUUGGCUGGAUGUCCUUUGGGUGGUGGACCAUUCUUGAUACACACGGGAAACUGUUGAGCAUGAAAAACCCAGCAGCGUUGCAGUUCUUGACACACUCAAGCCGCUGUACCUGGCACCUACUACCAUACCCCGUUCAAAGGCUCUUAAAUAUUUUGUCUUGCACAUUCACCCUCUGAAUGCCAUACAUACACAAUCCAUGUCUCAAUUGUUUCAAGGCUUAAAAAUAUUUCUUUAACCUGUCUCCUCCCCUUCAUUUACACUGAUUGAAGUGGAUUUAACAAGUGACAUCAAUAAGGGAUCAUAUCUUUCACCUGGAUUCACCUGAUCAGUCUAUGUCAUGGAAAGAGGUGUUCCUAAUGUUUUGUACACUCAGUGUAUAUUUCCUGCCUUUCACCUACAUAUAGGGGAGAAAUCAGAAAGAUCAGAAUUCUUUGUAUUUUGGUUGUUAUCAGUAAGAAAAUUCUCAGAGGAGGCUCAACUUGUCCGACUGCCGUAAAUGCCAUAAAUUGUCUGUCUUGGGACAAUUGGGAGGAACCAAAAUGAUCCGUUUUAGGCUACAGGAAUUCUUUCUGUUUGGUUGUUUUACCUGCCCAAUGGGGCAACCUCAGAGCAGGAUCAACUUGAAUAAAUCCCUGAAUAGAUAUUCAAACAUUUAAAUCUAUAUCUACUGUAAGUGCAUGUUACAAAGCUAAUGCCAGUUGUCCACUCACAUUGAUCUCUUCCUGCGGAGAUGGGCUUCAAUGAUGCUCUACCGUGGAAUUUAGGUACUUCCUGGUGACGUAUGAUGAAAAGAGGAUCAACAAGUGGAGUGAGCUGGGUAUCCAGUUACCUGCCUUUGACUAUGCUGAACAUGCUCGAUCUGUG